GAGCCCAAUUUGGAAGUGUAAUAAUGGAAAUUAGAAAUAUACUAAACGUAACUCUUACUCAAAAAAAAAAGGCAUCAGGCAGUGAUCCUCUGCACUCAACCCUUCUGAGAAAUUUUUUCAAACAAUGAAAUCUGCGACGUGGCACUUAUCCAGCCACUGUAGAAUCAAAUCUUGUCUCCCUUGCUUUUGCUAAAUUCUAACUACUCCUUUGAGUCACUCUCUCUCAUUUUACUCCCGUCACUUUCUCGGGAAAAUACACAGAAAAGAACCAAGAAUUGCCGAGGAAGUUUACAAUUCAGCCAUGAAUGAACCUCGGCGACCAGGCCGUACGAACCUAGCUUCAUGUAUAGUGGCUACGGUCUUCUUAGUCCUCGCCGUCGCAGUUAUUGUCAUCGUUUACCUCUGCGUCUUCAAGCCUAAAGAUCCAAAGAUCGCCGUCCACGCCAUGAGGUUCCCGACGUUCUCAAUCUCCAACGGCUCUGUCGACUUCACCUUCUCUCAGUACGUGGCCGUCAAGAACCCUAACCGCGAUGCCUUCACUCACUACGACAGCUCAGUCCAGCUCGUCUACUCCGGCAGCGAGGUAGGGUUCAUGUUCAUUCCGGCCGGCAAGAUUGAUGCCGGGAGGACGCAGUACAUGUUGGCAACGUUCGCCGUGAAGUCGUUUCCGGUGACGCAGGCGCCGUUGAGUGGGGUGACGGCGUUGAAUGAUGGAGUGGGUGGGGUGGGCAUGGGAAUGGAGCCCACGAUGGAGAUCGAGUCAAGGAUGAAGCUUGUGGGUAGGGUUAGGGUAUUGUGGUUCUUCACACAUACAGUUGAUAGCAGAGUGAGCUGCAGCGUUGCCAUUGAAGUGAGUAACGGCUCUGUACUUGGAUUUCAUUGCUGAUGAUUUUGUCAGAACUCCAAAUUUUAUGGGAAAUUGCAUAUAAUUUCGUCAUUCCAUGCCA